AGCCGACUGGGUGCUGAAUCGCCCCUCCCCCACCCCCAGCCGCCCCUACACCGGGACCCUCCCCCCGCAGGAGCCGCUGGGGCAGGGGGCGCAGCGGAGCCAGGAUGAGUGGGGGGGUCUAUGGAGGAGAUGAGGUGGGGGCGCUCGUCUUUGACAUCGGCUCGUUCUCAGUCCGAGCUGGCUACGCCGGAGAAGACUGCCCCAAGGCGGAUUUCCCCACCACGGUGGGGCUGCUGGCCCCCGAGGAGGCGGCGCUGGAGCUGGACGGGGACAAGGAGAAGAAGCCGGGGAAGGUUUAUUACAUCGACACCAACUCGCUGCACGUCCCACGGGAGAACACGGACGUCCUGUCGCCCCUCAAGAACGGCAUGAUCGAGGACUGGGACUGUUUCCAGGCCAUCCUGGACCACACCUACGGGAAACACGUCAAGUCGGAGCCCGGCCUGCACCCUGUGCUCAUGUCCGAGGCGCCGUGGAACACCCGGGCCAAGCGGGAGAAGCUGACCGAGCUGAUGUUCGAGCAUUACGCCAUCCCGGCCUUCUUCCUCUGCAAGACCGCCGUCCUCACCGCCUUUGCCAAUGGCCGCAGCACGGGGCUGGUGCUCGACAGCGGGGCCACCCACACCACGGCCAUCCCCGUGCACGACGGCUACAUCCUGCAGCAAGGGAUCGUGAAGUCGCCGCUGGCCGGGGAUUUCAUCUCCAUGCAGUGCCGGGAGCUCUUCCAGGAGAUGAACAUCGAGAUCGUGCCCCCCUACAUGAUCGCUGCCAAGGACCCCGUGCGGGAGGGGGCCCCCCCCAGCUGGAAGAAGAAGGAGAAGCUGCCCCAGGUCUCCAAAUCCUGGCACAACUACACCUGCAAUGAGGUGAUCCAGGAUUUCCAGGCCUCGGUUCUACAGGUCUCCGACUCGCCGUAUGACGAGCAGGUGGCCGCCCAGAUGCCCACGGUGCACUACGAGAUGCCCAACGGCUACAACACGGACUAUGGGGCUGAGCGGCUGCGCAUCCCCGAGGGGCUGUUCGACCCCUCCAACGUCAAGGGCCUUUCCGGGAACACUAUGCUGGGUGUCGGCCACGUGGUGACCACCAGUAUCGGCAUGUGUGAUAUCGACAUCAGGCCGGGUCUCUACGGCAGCGUCAUUGUGACCGGGGGCAACACCCUGCUCCAGGGCUUCACGGACCGGCUGAACCGCGAGCUGUCGCAGAAAACACCGCCCCACCAUGGAGCGGAGAUUCAGCCCCUGGAUUGGGGGGUCCAUCCUCGCCUCGCUGGGCACCUUCCAGCAGAUGUGGAUCUCCAAGCAGGAGUACGAGGAGGGCGGGAAGCAGUGCGUGGAGCGGAAGUGCCCCUGAUGCAGCCGGCGCCCUCUGGUGGUGGGGCUGGGGGCCCCAGGGACAUCUUUCCUGGGGGUCCCCCACCCCACCCCACGCUGUUUCCAACCAUUGUGCUCACAACACCUUUGGCGGGGGGAGAGGGUCCCAUCCCCCCGUCACAGCCCCCCAUGGACUGUGCCGUUCCCCUCCCCCGGUGUCCCUCGCUAGCUCGUUCCGUGGUUCGUUAACUGGGUCAGUUCAUUUUCAUGGGUGCGCAUGUGGCAUCCGGACAUUGGCCCGUAAUAAA